UGACCCGAAUCCAGGCCGUCGGCGGAGCAGAAGUCGUCGCCGCGCCUUUGAAACUUCGCCGAGCUGAUUCGAAAGAGGUGGGCUGGGAUGAACUUUAAAGUGGGCUCGGCCCAAAUUUAUGAAUUGGCCCGUAUAGUCCAUCGAUCAAUGAUGACAACAUGACUACUACGCAAUGUGUUGACGCUUCCAUAUUUUAAUGUGCAAAAAAAAAAAAAACGUGUUUUAUGCAUCCCUUUCCUCAGGAGUCACGGGCGCUUGUCUUUGUGGCGGGUCCAUUACUUGCGUCGUCACGUCCAUUUAAUUUGGCCCGCUUCCGAGCAAAAGCCAAUAUUGCUACCGACACUCUCUCUGUCUCUGCAUUAUUGUGCAAUGUGGCUCGAUAUCGAUAACGAAUAGGUAUUUGUUCCGCAAAUUAUUAUCGUUGGUAUACAUUAGUCAGCGUAUUAUGCUCUUUGACUCAUUCACUGACAUAAUUGAAUCAAUACAUAUCACGAUAUUCAAAUUUCCUCAUAUUUUCCUUUUAUGAGAGUGUGUUUAUAGAAUUGGACGUUGUCGAAUUGCAUGUUGCACUUUCCAUAUGAGAAAAAAGUUCGAAUGGUAUGAUCCUUCGAUCUCAAUUUAUUCACAAAAAGGUCAUUAUUUAAUUUCAUCACAACAACCAUCUAUGUUUGGCUAUAUAUAGCAACAACUUGUUCCACCUAUAACAUCAAGGGAAAGAAAACGUUUGUUCCACCUAAGCAGUGGGGUCGUUUUUUAACCUGAGCUAGACAUCAUGAUUCAUGAGCAAAUACCAAUAAUACAGACUACACAUAAACAAUACUACAUAGUACAUACUAGUAUUAUUAAAAUCCAUAUGUAAAAAAAAAAAAAAACGUUUCACUAGUGCCACGUUUCGCUGAAUGAGCACUCAAAAAACGGCUUGCAACUCUACACUACAUCAUCUACAUAUAUACACAUACGUACAACCUCCGAAAUCAGCACUCAAAAAUCGAAAGAACAAUCAAACCAGCCAAACACCAUGAUGCAGUCUCUUCUCUACUUUCUCCUAGCUCUCCCUCUCCCUCUCCUCCUCCUCUUCCUUCUCCAAAACCACAAGAGAAGAGCUUCAAACGCUCUCCCUCCCGGCCCUCGAGGGCUUCCCUUCAUCGGAAACCUCCUCCAGCUCGACCCCUCGGCUCCUCACCGCCACCUAUGGCAGCUCUCUCAAACCUACGGCCCACUGACCUCCCUCAAACUCGGCCGGGCCCGUGUCGUCGUGGUUUCGACCGCCAAGAUGGCCGAACAAGUCAUGAAAACUCACGACCUCACAUUCUGCAGCAGGCCGACCACCGUCGGCCUACAGAAGCUGUCGUACAACGGGCGAGACCUAGCGUUCGCGCCCUACGACGCUUGCUUUAGGGAGAUGAAGAAGCUGUCCAUGGUUCACCUCUUCAGCCUGAGCAGAGUCCAGAGUUUUCGCCCCGUAAGGGAGCACGAGGUUGCCAAGAUGAUUGAGAAGAUAUCCAGAUCUUCUUUGUCGUUAGAGUCGAGACCUUUCAACUUGUCAGAGGCCAUGAUGUCGCUGACGAGUACGAUCAUUUGUCAGGUGGCGUUUGGGAAGAGGUAUGAAGAAGGAGGAGUUGGAGGAGUUGAGAGGAGUAGGUUUCAAAGUUUGCUCAAUGAGACUCAGGCCAUGUUUACUAGCUUCUUUUUCUCCGACCAUUUUCCUUGCAUGGGGUUCGUGGAUCGGCUCUCGGGUUUGAUCGGUCGUCUCGAGAAGAAUUUCGAGGAGUUUGAUGCGUUUUAUCAGGAGGUCAUUGAUGAGCAUCUUGAUCCGAGUAGAGGAAAGCAGGAGCAGGAGGAUAUUAUGGAUGUUUUACUUCAGAUUUGGAAGGGUGGAUCGUCUAAAGUCCAACUCUCACUUGAUCACAUAAAAGCACUUCUCAUGAACAUAUUCGUUGGAGGUACCGACACUAGUGCGGCAGCUGUGAUUUGGUCCAUGACAUAUCUAAUGAAGAACCCUAAAUCCAUGGGAAAAGCUCAGAAAGAAGUCAGACUUGCUAUUGGAAAAAAAGGAUUCGUGAACGAAGAAGACAUUCAACAACUACCUUACCUCAAAGCCGUGGUAAAAGAGACACUUAGGCUGCAACCUUCAGCUCCAUUGUUGAUCCCACGAGAAUCAACCCAAGAUUGCAUCUUAGGUGGGUACGAGAUACCAGCCAAGACUGUAAUCCACGUGAACGCAUGGGCCAUUGGAAGGGAUCCUGUAGCUUGGGGAGAAAACCCAGAGGAGUUCAAGCCAGAGAGAUUCUUCAUGGGUAAGUCGAUCGACGUGAAAGGUGCGGACUUUGAGCUGAUACCGUUCGGAGCUGGAAGAAGAAUCUGUCCCGCCAUGCAUAUGGCGCUAGCAAAUGUAGAGCUCUCUCUGGCUAAUCUGCUCUACGCUUUCGAUUGGCAAAUGCCGAUUGGAAUGACGAGCGAUGAUUUGGACAUGGAUGUUUUGCCGGGCCUCACGAUGCACAAGAAGACUGCUCUGUGCCUGGUGGCUACAGAGUUUGUAAAAUGAGUGAACUCACGAGCCAUUUCUGGGCAAUUUUACCAACACGGAAAUGGUGCCCAACAAUAAACUAGACUUUAAGUC